AUGGCAUCCAGAGUCGGCUUCUCGGGUCCCCACAUGAGCGUGCUGAGCGAUGCGGGGGCCAGAGGGUCCCAGCCCCCGGGAGCUUACCCACGGAGCUCCCACUACCUCCAGCGGCCAGGAAUGCCUCAAAGUAGAGUGGGGGGCCCCUUAGGAGGUCCACUCCCAGGUCCUUCUUAUGGUGUUGGGAACAUGGCCAUGCGGCCCGGCAUGGGGCCCCCACCUUCAGACCCCUCAAGGAAACGCUUUCUCCAUCUUCAGCAGCACCAGGAUUCUGCAGGAGGCUCGCAGCGCGCAGGGAACAAAAGACGUAAGAUGGCUGACAAAGUGCUUCCUCAGAGGAUCAGAGACCUGGUCCCUGAGUCCCAGGCUUAUAUGGAUCUGCUGGCCUUUGAGAGGAAACUGGAUCAAACCAUUGCCCGAAAGCGAAUGGAGAUCCAAGAGGCCAUCAAGAAACCUAUCAUGCAAAAGCGCAAACUCAGGAUCUACAUUUCAAACACAUACACCCCCAGUAAACCCGAGGGUGAGGAGGCUGAGAAGGUGUCCUCGUGGGAGCUCAGAGUGGAAGGGAAACUUCUCGAUGAGCUUCAGCCUGGAAAACAGAAGAGGAAGUUCUCAUCCUUCUUCAGGAGUCUGGUGAUCGAGCUGGAGAAGGAGCUCUACGGCCCCGACAACCACCUGGUGGAGUGGCACAGGAUGCCGACGACUCAGGAGACGGACGGUUUCCAGGUCAAACGUCCCGGUGACGUGAACGUGAAAUGCACUCUUCUCCUGAUGCUCGACCACCAGCCGCCUCAGUACAAACUGGACCCGCGUCUGGCUCGCCUGCUGGGCGUGCACACACAGACCCGCGCCAACAUCAUGCAGGCGCUCUGGCUCUACAUCAAAAACAACAAGCUGCAGGACAGUCACGAGAAGGAGUACAUCAACUGCAACCGCUACUUCAGACAGAUCUUUGUUUGUUCUCGAAUGAGGUUCUCAGAAAUCCCCAUGAAACUUGCGAGCCUCCUGCAGCACCCAGACCCCAUCAUCAUCAACCACAUGAUCAGUGUGGACCCCACGGACCAGAAGAAGACCUCGUGCUACGACAUCGACGUGGAGGUGGACGAUCCGCUGAAGAGCCAGAUGAACAGUUUCUUGUCCUCCACCACGAACCAGCAGGAGAUAGCGGCUCUGGAGAUGAAGCAGAUCCAUGAAACUAUCGAGUACAUCAACCAGUUAAAGACCGAGAGAGACUUCAUGUUGAGCUUCAGCAACGAUCCACAGGAGUUCAUUCAGGACUGGCUCAAGUCGCAGAGCAGAGAUCUCAAGCUCAUGACAGAUGUGACGGGCAAUCCUGAGGAAGAGAGAAGGGCAGAGUUUUAUCAAGAAGCGUGGGUUCCAGAGGCAGUGGGACGAUACGUCUACUCAAAGGUGCAGCAGCGGCGUCAGGAGCUGGAGCAGGUGCUGGGAAUCCGCCUGACCUAA